AUGGGCCGCCUUCGCAUCAGAACUGUGAAGAAGGCGGCCUGGGUCAUCAUUGAGAAGUACCACAUACACCUGGGCAACAACUUCCACACCAACAAGCACAUGUACAAGGAAAUAGCUAUUAUUCCCAGCAAAAAGCUCUGCAACAAGGUCGCAGGCCAUGUCACAUGUCUGACGAAGCAGAUUCAGAGAGGCCCCGUGAGAAGUGUCUCCAUCAAGCUGCAGGAGGAGGAGAGAGAAAGGAGAGAUCAUUAUGUUCCUGAGAUCUCAGCCCUGGGUCAGGAGACCACUGAAGUGGGUCCUGACACUAAGGAAACGCUGAAACUCUUGGACUUUGGCAGUCUGUCCAAACUGCAGUUCACUCAGACUACAGUUGGGAUGAAUUUCAAAACACCACGUGGAGCUGUUCGAAUCUUUCUGCUGUGCUGUAAUACUUUUGAUAAACCUUGGAUAACAGCAAGAACAACAAUGAAGAUAUCAGUCCUCGACGAGAGAGGGGUGAGGCGGGCCUUCUUUCCCCUCCAUAUGCCCUGGAUACCCCCCCAUUGCUGUGGCUGCAGUUAG